AUGGAUGAAUAUAUUAUAGAUGAUAGAGUUAACGAAUAAGAUCGAAAUUACCUAUUAUCCUAAGUCGAUUCUAUUCACACUCUAUACAUUAACAGAGAACAAAUAGAAUCAAUUAAAUAGCAAUUAAAUUCUGAAGACUACAUCACCAUUCAUAUUGCCUUAUAAAAAUUGUUAAGACUUAUUUUUCUAGAAUUUCAUAUUGAGAAUUUCCCUCUUGAUUUAGACGAAGCUGGCAAUCAAUAUCAUUUCACAUAAUUCAUUAUUGAAAAUAAUAUCGUUCCACCACUUAUUCAUCUAAUUUAAGUUCAAUAUUCUAUACAAAGUACUAUAGAUUCUAGUUAAAUACUUAUAUGUUUACUUUGUGGAACAUCUUAAUAAGUUGAAGUAAUAUUACAAUAUGGAUUGGUUUCUAGUCUAUCCCUAUUACUUUAAUCUAAUAUUGAUUUAAUAGCAUUUACUGGACUUGUUGCUGUUUUGUAGGCUGCUAAAAUUAGACAUUCUAAACCAUUUUGUAAAUAAUUCCUUAAUAGUCAAUGUGAAUAAUUGAUAUUCAAAAGAUAUUCUAAAGAACCUGAAUUUUGUUUAAAAACACUAUAUUCUUUAUGUACAAAGAAACCUUCAAUGAAAUUUGAAUUAAUCAAACCUAGUAUAUUAUUUAUAGUUGAUAAAAUUCACAAAGAAAAUAAAAUUGGAAUAAUAGCUAAAUGUAUAUGUAUCGUUACUGGAAAAUGGAUACCUUUACCUCCUUUAAAAGAAAACCAUCUUAAAAGAAUUCAAUUACUUUUAGAUUUAAAUAUAAUACCUAGAUUUGUAUAAUUAAUGAAAAAAUAUGAAUCAGAAUAUGAAUUAUUAUAAGUCAUUUUAACAAAUUUAAUAUUUGUUUUAUCUGGAACUGAUUAAUAAUUCUAAUUUGUUUUAAAAUAAGGAAUUAUGAGACAAGUUUAAAAAUUAUUAGAUUGCAAGGAUAAUGCAACUUUUCAUAGAUGUCUUGCAUUUUUAGUUUAGAUUACUAAUAAAUAAUUAGGAGUUAAUUAUCUUUUUGAAUAGAAAAGCAUAAUUUCAAUAGUAAUACGAAUUUAUUGUGUUGAAUAAAAGGAAUUUGCUUUAUUAAAGAUUGUAUCAAUCUUUGAAAAUUUGAUUAGUUAAGGAAAUGUAGAAUAAGUUUAAUGCUUAAUUGAUCAAUAAUUAAUUAGAAUCAUCAUAAAAAAUUUAAGAUUAAAUUUAAAUUAGGAUAAUGUCUAAUUAAAUUGUAAGACUGUAGAAUUAUUAUAAUAAUUAUUCACAAAAGUAAGAAAUACAAAUAAGGAUAAAUAUGAAAUGUGGAAAGAAGAAUUUAUAAAAUUGGAAGGAAUUCAAGCAUUGAGAGCAUUAACUUCAUAAACAGAACAAAUAUUUUCAAUAAAUGAAUUUUUAAAUACUUGA